UCGAGCUGAAAACCUAGCCUGUUCUUCUGCAAAGAUGGCGGCUCAAACGUGCCUUAGACGAAUUCAUUUCACAAUCCAAAAACUUCCCUUUAAUGAGGUUUACUUGCGGUCUAGAGCAUUAGCUUCGAGCUUUGAAACCAGUUCUUUGAUUCUAAGACCACCAUCUGCUUAUUCUUUGCGUAUAACAAGAACAAUGUGCUCCAAAAGAGGUAAAGGCUUUUCUGGCGAUGAAGAUGGAAAUGGAGACCGUGAUGAAGUCCACACGAAGGUAAAACCUGUUGUAGUAUCCCUCAAUCAGGGACCUUUUGGUUGGAUUGCAAAUAAUUUGAAGCUGUUCUUGCUAAAGAGCAUAGUGGAUACAGAAUUCGAUGAAAAGGAAUUUCUCCGGGGCGCCAAGCAAGCUCUGUGUGUAGUCUCUCAGCUAUUGAACAAAGAACAAUACAGCCAGUUGCAGGAGAUAGUAUCUAAUGAACUACUAGAGUCAUUGAUGAGUAUGAAAGAUGAUAAACCAAUUAAGGAAGUGGUUUCGUUGAAAGAGAUUUUAUCGGCGAAUAUACAGAAAGUAAAAUUCAGAUUCGAAGCGGAUGAAACUACUUUAAGUUCUGGCGAGGGACAUUUUGAGGUGAACAUAACAGUUGCCUUUGUGUGCACAAGGGGCAAUGGAAAGGGAGCGUUUCAAAGGCAGCUUGGAAAUGUCAAGAUAAUUGACUUAGAUAUUCCUAAGAUAGUGUAUUUAACUUUUAGAAAACGUCAUACGCUUAGUAACGCUACUGGUUGGCAGGUGAUAAGUAUUUACUAUAUCUGACCCUUAAUGUGGAUUAGAGAUUUGACUAUAUUGUUACUUCACAGAACACACUAAUGUAAAGCAAUACUUGUGAAUAAUGAAUAUGAAAGCAAUUUUUUCCAUGAUUAACACUACUUCUAGUGAUAAUAAGUAGUGUUUAUUACUGCAAUGAUCACUCUCAUAUUCAUUUCUUAACCCGCAGUUCACGUAUAUAAUUUUUUUAUAUAUUUAUAGUCAUUUACUCAAGAAUAGUGAUGUAAAUUGGUUAAUACUUUUAUUAUUAAAACAUUUGUGCAUUUGAAGCAUUAAAAGUAGCAAAACAUGAGAAUUUAGAGCACUCUCCCCUUGUUUUUUACCCAAGAGACAAUCACUACCAUCUUUGAGAGAUAAAAUUCCAUAUAAAGCCCUUUAAAAUCUUAUUAGAACAAACUGUACCAGUAGAUUACUUCCUAAAAGUCUCAGUUCUUAGUAAAGUGGACAUAGUGACUCUUCUGUUAGUUGCAUAG